AUGGCUCUCUCUAGGUCAACUUCUACUCUGUCUCUUACCUCCUUCUUCUUACUCUUAACCCUUCUGUCCACCUCCACUCUCGUCAUUUCACAACCAGCACUCAACUCGGCCGAGCAAGAAUCGGUCUACCAAAUUCUCGAGUCCAUCAACUCAGCUAUCCCAUGGCGAUCUCUCUACCCCGAUGAUCUCUGUAUCUCCGCCCCACACGGCGUUGUCUGCGACUAUUUCUCUGAAAACACCACCGCCACCAUUGGAACUCCACACGUCACGGAGAUGAGUUUCGGUUAUGUAUCGGACUACUCUCCGAACCCACCGUGCACACCCAAAUCCACCAUCAACCCUCUUCUUUUUUCUUCUUUCCCACAGCUCCGCAAACUCUUGUUCUACAAAUGCUUCACCGAGACAACCGUUACUUUCCCAGAUUUCUCGACUCUCAGAUCUUCUUUAGAAGAGCUGGUUUUCAUUGGGAACCCAUCUCUAGUUGGGUCCCUCCGCGGCAAUAUCAGUAAUUUGACGGCUCUAAAAAGGUUAAUUCUGACAGGAAACAAUGUUUCUGGGGAAAUCCCAGAUGGGUUAGGUGAUUUGGUCAACCUUGAACAGCUGUCUCUUUCAAGAAACAAUUUCCAUGGUGAGGUUACACUAAGUUUAGAGAAGUUGAAGAAAUUGAAGAUUCUUGAUCUUAGCCAAAAUGGGUUUGAAGGGAGUGCCCCAGAACCCCUUGGAAGCUUACAACAGCUCUUGAAGCUUGACCUAAGCUUCAACAACUUUUCAGGGAAAAUCCCAGAAAAUUUAAAGGGUUUGAAGAAACUGGAGUUUCUAGAUUUGAGUUACAAUGGCUUUGCGCAAUGCGGAGUGCCUUUAUUUUUAGCAGAGAUGCCCAGUUUGAGAGAAGUGUAUUUGAGUGGCAAUUUAUUGGGAGGGCAGAUUCCGGAAAUUUGGGACAACCUCGGGGGUAUUCUGGGAAUUGGCUUGUCUGAGGUGGGACUUGUUGGCAAUAUUCCUUCUUCAAUGGGGAUGUUUCUGAGAAACCUUAGUUAUUUGGGGCUUGACAAUAACAAGCUGGAGGGGAUGGUACCUGAGGAGUUUGGGGCAUUGGAGUCUGUGAAUGAGUUGAAUUUGGAGAACAACAAUUUGAGUGGGAGAGUCCCAUUUUCUGCCAAGUUUGUCUCCAAAGUUGGAGGAAAGUUAAAGUUGGAGGGUAACCCAGAACUUUGUGCUGAUGAAGGGUUAAGGUCUGCUAAAGUUAGUGGCAGUUUGGGGCAAUUGAAGUUGUGCAACAAACCAGUUAUUCCCCAUUUUGUCCUACUUAGUAGUGGUUCCUCAGUUCUACAUGACUCUUAUAUGCUGAUUUUUGUUGGGUUUUUGUUUCUUUUAUCUUAAGGUGCACAAAUUAGAAGGUCAUUAGGAGAGAGAUUAGGUUGAGAGAAACACAUUAUACUGCUGACCUAUUAGAUAGUAUCUUUGGACUUGUAGUCUAUGUAGGUGCAAUGGAACAUAUGUCAUUACAGUUUCCUUCGAU